AAAUGCGUUCAAACACUUCAGAUGUGUGUUAUUCUCUCUAUCCCCCCUUUAAAUCCACUCCCUAGCCGUCCCUUCAGCCCGACGUCGCUGGCACAGGCUGCCAUAUCUGGCUGUGAAUCCGCUGUGGAUCCGUGUGGAGGGUUCGAGCCCCAGCGUGGACUUUAAACACCAGCACGGAGGGAGAAAGUGGGACUUUAUUGUUCCAGGGCUAGGCGGCUAGCUGUCGUGGGGCGGCCGGCUCGUGUCGUUGCUUUUUGCGCCGUGAAAACCAGAGCUAUAUGGCUGCGACCUCCGAACCCAUCCAUGGACUUCCAGAGGACGAGGAUGAAGCGCGAGUGCUCCGGGUUAAGGUCAUCGCAGGACUUGAUCUGGCGAAGAAGGAUAUCCUUGGUGCAAGCGACCCUUAUGUCAAGCUUUCCCUAUACACCGCGGAGGAAAACAAGGAACUUGCCUUAGUCCAGACAAAAACCAUUAAAAAGGCCCUGAAUCCAAAGUGGAAUGAGGAAUUCUACUUCAGGGUUAACCCACAGAACCACAGGCUCCUCUUUGAGGUGUUUGAUGAAAACCGAUUGGCUGCUUCCAAGAAUGAGCUUUUCCAUCGCGGACAGACCAGAGAUGAUUUCCUGGGACAAGUGGAUGUUCCUCUCAGUCAUCUGCCGACGGAGGAUCCUGCCAUGGAGCGUCCGUACACGUUUAAAGAUUUCCUGUUGCGUCCCAGAAGCCACAAGUCCAGGGUGAAGGGUUACUUGCGUCUGAAAAUGGCCUAUCUGCCCAAACAAGGAGGACACGGGGAGGAGGCUGAAGAGACGAGGGAGGAGGCUGAGGGUUGGGAUGAGUCCCCGGACUCGGGCUCCCAGGGACCCCAACAGCUGCUGGCCCCUUUGCCCCCAGGCUGGGAAGAAAAAGUGGACAACUUGGGCCGCACCUACUACGUCAACCAUAACAACCGCUCUACGCAGUGGACACGGCCCUCCGACACGGAUGUGAUCUCAGAGAUUGACAGCGACAAUCAACAACGGCAAAUCCACCAGGAAGCACACCGUGUUUUCCACGCCAGACGCCACAUCAGCGAGGACCUGGAGCCCAUGGCGUUUACAGAUCCGGAGGAUUCCUUGGAGCUCGUCGCACCAUAUGAUGAGACGGAGGGUGUGACGUCGCCUCCUUCCCCCUACGUUUUGUCUCCGCUGGAUACACUGACACCUUUCUCUCUGAAGUUAUCUGAAGAGGCAAAUCAAUGGAUCGCUCCCGAUGCCGACGGUGAAGUCCCAGGGCCCAGCUCUGCUCCGGUCUCAAACAGACUCCGUUCCUCGAGUAUGACGGAUGGCGUCGGUGACCAAAGCCUAGCUCCUCCUCCUACGCAGAGUUCCCAGACCAGAAGAACAAGAGCUCAAACAGUCUCAGGUGGUGAGGAGCCGAUGUCUCCCUCGGCAGCUGCUUACACCUUGACCACCCCCGGCCUGCCCCCCGGAUGGGAGGAGAGGAAGGAUGCCAAGGGAAGAACUUAUUACGUCAACCAUAACAGCCGCACCACUACUUGGACUAGGCCCAUUGUGCAGCUCACCGAAGACGGACCCAGCACCUCGGCCGCGGCGUCAAGAGGAGCCUCUGCCCUGACACCCGCCUCCACCCCUCCCUCCUCCUCCAAUGCCUCCAACAACCACCUCCAUGAGCCCCAAGUCCGACGACCUCGUAGCCUCAGCUCCCCCACCGUCACCCUUUCCACCCCCUUGGAGGGAGCCAACAACAUCCAGGUGCGAAGGGCGGUGAAAGACACGCUCUCCAAUCCGCAGUCUCCCCAGCUGUCUCCGUACAGCUCCCCGAAGUCCAAGCACAAGACGCAACAGAGCUUCCUGCCCCCGGGCUGGGAGAUGAGGAUAGCCCCGAACGGAAGACCUUUCUUCAUCGACCACAACAGCAGAACCACCACCUGGGAGGACCCCAGGUUGAAAUAUCCUGUGCACAUGAGGAAUAAGAACUCCAUAGAGCCCGGCGAACUCGGCCCUCUCCCUCCUGGAUGGGAGGAAAGAGUUCACUCAGACGGACGCACCUUUUACAUUGACCACAAUACAAAGACCACACAGUGGGAGGACCCUCGUCUCCAGAGUCCAGCCAUCACCGGCCCUGCGGUUCCCUACUCCAGAGAGUUCAAGCAGAAAUACGACUACUUCAGGAAGAAGUUAAAGAAACCGGCUGACAUCCCAAACCGAUUUGAGAUGAAACUGCACAGGAACAACAUCUUCGAGGAGUCGUACCGUCGAAUUAUGUCCCUGAAGAGGCCGGAUGUUCUGAAGGCCCGGCUGUGGAUCGAGUUUGAAUCGGAGAAAGGACUGGACUACGGCGGUGUGGCCAGAGAGUGGUUCUUCCUCUUAUCUAAGGAGAUGUUCAACCCCUACUACGGCCUGUUUGAGUACAGCGCCACGGACAACUACACUCUCCAAAUCAAUCCCAACUCAGGCCUCUGCAACGAGGAUCACCUUUCUUAUUUCAAGUUCAUCGGGCGUGUGGCGGGAAUGGCCGUGUUUCAUGGAAAACUGCUGGAUGGUUUUUUCAUUCGACCGUUCUACAAAAUGAUGCUGGGAAAACAGAUCUCUCUAAAAGACAUGGAGUCCGUGGACAGUGAGUACUACAACUCUCUUAAGUGGAUCCUGGAGAACGAUCCCACUGAGCUUGACCUGAGGUUUUGUAUUGACGAGGACAACUUUGGACAGACUUACCAGGUGGACCUGAAGCCCAGGGGCUCAGACAUGGUGGUAACCAACGACAACAAGAAGGAAUACAUAGACCUGGUGAUCCAGUGGAGGUUUGUCAACCGGGUCCAGAAGCAGAUGAACGCCUUUUUGGAGGGCUUCACUGAGCUCAUUCUUGUUGAUCUGAUCAAGAUCUUCGAUGAAAACGAACUUGAGCUGCUCAUGUGUGGUCUGGGUGACGUUGAUGUAAACGACUGGAGGCAACACACUGUUUACAAGAACGGCUACUGUCCCAACCAUCCGGUGAUCCAGUGGUUCUGGAAGGUCGUCCUUUUGAUGGAUGCUGAGAAGAGAAUUCGACUCCUCCAGUUUGUGACGGGGACGUCACGAGUUCCCAUGAACGGCUUUGCUGAGCUUUACGGAUCUAAUGGACCUCAGCUGUUCACGAUCGAGCAGUGGGGAACGCCAGAUAAACUGCCACGAGCCCACACAUGUUUCAACCGCUUGGAUCUGCCCGCCUACGAAUCAUUUGACGACCUGAGGGAGAAGCUCCUCAUGGCUGUGGAGAACGCCCAGGGCUUCGAGGGCGUGGAUUAAAACGGCAGCUGACAGUAAAAAACAAAACGACAAACGCCACAGGGACGUCAAACCAGCUGCUGUAGCAGUUCUGUGCAAGCAUGUUGUACUGUAAUGCCCGACUGCGAAUCCCCUUCCCUCCCCGAUAGCACGGCGGUUUGAGACUGUACAGCGACCUGUUGAGCCAACAUGCCUACGAUUUUCUAUCUUCUCAGUGUGGGCAGUUCCCUCCUUUUAUACCGAAGGUGCUGGGGAAGAAAAAAGGAGUUGUUGGGCUGUUUGGAAUGCUGAAAUCUUCUCAUCCACAGGCAUAAACGACAAAUGACAGGAGCUGGCCCUCUGAUCCGCUGUUUCUUUCCCCCCUCCGCCCUCAUCAUGUGAAAAUCUACAGUGCUGGAAAAACACAGGUGCAUUUCAAUAGCUCCUUUAUGUACACUAUAGUAUUUGAGCACCCUUUACUGCAGGGGGGGUCAUAGCAUGGCCUUAAUCUGGCUCCUACGUGCACUAUUUCUCUGCAACGGCAGCGCGAUCACUGCUUUUUUCAAAUCUUUAGACCAACACCAGUUUACCUUAGGAAUGCUAGCCAGUCACAUUUCAGGAAAUCGGCCGCGCCCCUUUCUGUCAAGCCUUCUCUGUCUUCAGCGGUCAGAUAUUCAGCCUUUGGAGAACGAGGUUAAUGAUUCAAGAGUGUGAAAUGGAUUCCCCCAUGUUUUUUUCGUUUCUUUUAAUACAUAUACAUAGUUUUGUUGUCACGGAAGAGAUUUCCU